AUGCCCAUCGCGUCCAAUCGGCGACCUAGUCUGCGAUGGAGUCCGCAGUGCCGAUACGUCAGGAACAAAUUCGAAAGUUUUGCCCGAGUUAUCUAUCGCGUAAAGCAGCGCAGCCUCGCAGCAUUCUCGAAAACGAAGCUUUCCAGGACGUCUGAACCUGUUCACAAUUCUACUCAGCUUUCACUUCGCUCGCCAGAAACCGUGUUGAUAUUAUCUCUCCCUGGUACUUCAGAAUCGGGGGUACUUGUCCCACCCUGUCCUCAUCUCUUCUGUUCAAACGAAGCCCCGACGGACGACGAAGCGAAACUUAUUAUAGAUGCAAUCAAACGAGCUGAAGAGGAAGCAUCACGGCUGAAUUCUAUUCUUUUGAGAAAGCAGAAAUUCAGCGACCAUUGUAAACGAAAUGGACGUGGUUGGGAACGUGCGGUAACGCAUACAAUUGACGAAGUCAACAACUUUAUUCGCCUACACCGAGGACUCUUGUCACUUCUCCGUCAACUUCCUGUCGAGAUUCUUCAAGACAUAUUCCUCAUUCAUGUUAUAGACAGCAUAAAUCCCGAUUACAAUGGCUAUUUUAGCAAACAUCCGGCUCUGGCUGUUUCCCAAACUUGCCGUUCAUGGCGUAAUGUGGCUUUGAAUUUCCCUUCGCUUUGGAGUCGUCUUCCGCCUAUCCGCAUCCAACGAUCGCGUUCCAAGACGGACACACAAAUAGAAAUUCUCGCUGAUUUCUUAAGGCGCUCGAUCGGAUCUACCCUGCAUUUAUGCUUGAAUACAGCUAACUUCAUUCCAAAAUCGGCAGAUCUACAGUUCAACCACCCCACUGUGAACUUGCUCUGUCAACAUGCAGAGCGAUGGACGACGUUUACGCUCUUCGCGUCUCAUCUUACUUUUCCUAAUCUGCGGACAAUUAAAGGCCGACUCAAUGCGCUCAAAGGCCUAGGCCUCUUCGUGUCAUCAAUCGGGUCCUCCAUGGUCCCUGGACAAAUUAUAGAUUUCUUUGAAGAGGCACCCUUACUAACAGUUGUCGACAUCGGGACACCCUUCUCAAGGGCGGUUUCCCUUCCAUUCUCACAACUUAAACAUUACAAAGAAUACGUCACGUCACUACAAGAAUGCCAAAUCGAGAAGGCCAUCGCAUCUCCAGUACUACAGACGCUCACUAUGAAAACACGCAAUGAAGCAUAUGUGUUUCCGAAAUCUACACUGUCCAACCUCGUACGGCUUUACGCAGAAUUUUGUUUUACUCCGCAUCUCAACGACGAUGUUGUCCUUUGCCUUGGAAAUCUUACCCUGCCCGCUAUUCGAGAAAUUCGUCUGCUUUCCCGUAGCGAUAAUAUGACUCCCUCAUUGCUACGCUUGCUCCGAAAUUCAUCACCAUGCCUCUCUCUCAAAACACUGGUGUUCAGGUUCUGGUUUAUCAACGAAGGAGAUUUGACAGCAAUUCUUAAGUUAACACCGUCCUUGGUUCAUCUAAGUUGCACCGCCCCGGCCACAUCUGACAUUGAUUUCGUCAACAUCGCUGAUGUCACGCUUGUUCCAAAACUGGAGAGGUGCGAUUUCAUCUGGCCAGACGAACUUAGUGCAUCUAUACCACAUGCAAUCAAUAUACUUUGCGACUCCCGAUGUGAGCCACUAAUUAUCAACCCGGCUCCCUUUCUUCGCCUUAACAAGCUUACACUGAGUUUUACUGGGCUUGAGGGCUCUUUGUUACAGCAGCAGCUCAAUCGUUUAGAAGGCUGGCAUCCCACUGUGACCUCUUAUACACUCAAUGCCCUCAAGGAACAGCUUUUGGAAAGGCUGCCGACUUUAUUAUACCUUGGGUACCGCGAAGAAACUGACAUCCGGAGUCUUGGCGAAAACGAGAAAGUCGCAAAACUUCUUGCUCUGAUCAACACUGUCAUGGUCAACGAAGCAAUGGAUAUUUACUCCUCAGGAAUCAUUCUUGUGCUUGACAAAAUUGCAACAUCGCAAUACCCUAGCACAAAGAACGUUGCGUUGGCCAAAACGAUCCUUGAAAAAUGGAAACCGAUGACGGAAGACCCUGAGAAUCUUUUACGACGCCGUUGGGCAUAUCAUGGAUACAGAACUUUAGAAUACAUUCCUAUCGACAGCGAGCUACGGACGACUUCUCCUACAGACAUCAUUCGGGGUGUUGCUGAUGAACAAAUUAACUGGUUCGAUUUUGAACGAAUUCAAGUUGGGAGCCUUUGA